AUGGUGAUUCAGAGUAUUCGGGGGGCGGUACCAAAGGGGCAGAAUCUGAGUAAAGAAUUGGGGGAAUGCCAAGGAAGGGAUGAAACUCCUACUGAGUGGCUGGAGAGGUUAAGAAAGAUUCUCCAGAUGUACUCGGGAACGGACCUGGAUUCCCUAGUGGGAGCCAUUUUGUUAAAAACACAAUUUGUGGCUAAAUCCUGGGAGGCCAUAAGGAGAAAAAUGGAGAAGCUGGAAAAUUGGCAGGAAAGAAUGUUACAGGAAUUGUUGCGGGAGGUUCAAAAAGUCUAUAUGAGGAGGGAGGAUGAAAAGCAGAAGGCACAGGCAAAGGUCCUAGUGGUGGCGGUAAGGGAAGCACAAAAACAGGAACGAGACACAAACACUGGGAAAGCCGGGUUUGUGGAUUCACCGAACCUGUUCGGUCAGGCUCUCGAGCAAUUAUUGAGUGAGUUUGUCCCAAUGGAGGGAACAAAACUAUUACAUUAUGUAGAUGACUUGUUAAUAGUGAGUCCUGAUGAAGAUGGGGUCAGCACUCCAGAGAUUUGUGAGGGGGAGAUUCGGAAGUAUCCUCCACAACUCUCUCAAAAGGAGAUUGAGGGGUAUGAAAAUAUCAGAGGAAAAUUAGAUGGAGCUGCCAAGAAGAUGGUCUUCCCCGCCGCUGGUGGCACCCCAGUGAGCGUAGGUGGAGGCAGAGGAAUGAUAGUGGGAGUGGUGCUGAUGAGCCUGAGUCUAGUCACGUGCCUCAGGACUAGCACUCAUGUCGAGAACCAGGCUAGCCUGGAACAGCGGGAUCCCAACCACGAAUGUGGAGUUUGCACACAGAUCCUCCAGGAAGGACAGGGUGAAGCAGAAGUUUCAGCCUACCUAACCUCGGGGGGAUGUGAACAAGGCACUGAAAGCAGGAUAGCCCUGGACUGCCCACUGGCUGAAGAAGGGGGAGUCUGCGGGAAAUGCAACGAAUCAGAAUGUUGCAUUGAGAUUGAUGAUUACGGGGAGACCAUCCGAGGUCUGGCCGCUGAAAUCAAAAGAGUGGCUCAUCAGGGCUCCCUCCUCCUGCUGGCCACAGCCCUGCACGGCCGCGCCGCCGCCUGCCCGCUCCGCAGAAAGCAAAAUGAGCUGAACUCCUUCCUGUGGACAAUCAAGAGAGAUCCCCCAUCUUAUUUCUUUGGCACCAUCCAUGUCCCAUACACGCGUGUCUGGGAUUUUAUCCCAGAGAACUCCAAGAAAGCCUUCCAACAGAGCCACAUCGUGUACUUUGAGCUGGAUCUCACUGACCCCUACACCAUCUCAGCUCUCACCAGCUGCCAACUCCUGCCACAGGGGAAGAACCUCCAAGAUGUGCUGCCCCGAGACAUCUACCGCCGGCUGAAGCGGCACCUGGAGUAUGUCAAGCUCAUGAUGCCAUCCUGGAUGACCCCAGACCAACGGGGCAAAGGGCUGUAUGCGGACUACCUCUUCAAUGCCAUUGCUGGCAACUGGGAACAGAAGAGGCCGGUCUGGGUGAUGCUGAUGGUGAACUCCCUGACAGAGGUAGACAUCAAGUCACGAGGCGUGCCUGUCCUGGAUCUGUUCCUGGCCCAGGAAGCAGAGCGGCUGAGGAAGCAAACGGGUGCUGUGGAGAAAGUAGAAGAGCAAUGCCACCCGCUCAAUGGGCUGAACUUCUCCCAGGUUGUGUUUGCUUUGAAUCAGACUCUCUUGCAGCAGGAGAGCCUCCGAGCAGGCAGUUUCCAGAUCCCCUAUACAACAGAAGACCUUAUCAAGCAUUACAACUGUGGGGACCUCAGCUCCAUCAUCUUCAACCAUGACACUUCUCAAGUCCCAAAUUUCAUUAAUGCUACACUUCCAGCCCAUGAACGCAUUACUGCCCAAGAAAUAGACAGCUACUUCCGUCAGGAGCUCAUCUACAAACGAAAUGAGCGAAUGGGCAGGAGGGUGAAGGACCUGCUGGAAGAGCACCCAGACAAGAGUUUCUUCUUUGCAUUUGGAGCUGGUCACUUCAUGGGCAACAACACAGUGAUUGAUGUUUUAAGGAGAGAAGGGUACGAGGUAGAGCACACUCCAGCUGGACAAGCCAUCAACAACCGAAAAUCUCCCAAAACCUUGUUAGCCUUUUCAUCAUCACACAGUCCCUAUGUCAUGUCCCAUGAGCUCCCAGUGCACCCCCAGAAGGAGGAGGAAGAGGAGGAGGAAGAGUUCCUGCCUCACCUGCUAUUCCCUGACAGCAUUGAUGUGCUCAUGAAAGUAGACAGGAAGUACAAAAAGAAGAAGAAAAAGCAGCAGAAGAAGCAAAAACUGCGACAAUUUAAUGACCUCUGGGUUCGCCUUGAAGAAAGUGCUACUGAUCCUCCUCCACGGAUCCGCAUCAUUAAUGGCUACAUCACGGUCGAGCCCCAGCCCUGGGGCCAUGGACGGUCCAGCCACACUCGCGCAGACACCAGCAGUGCUCACCAGAUUUCCCAUUCUCUCUUCCUUCCACUACUGACUUUGACUUUGU